AUGAUACAUAUCGAUCGGAACCAUCAUUCUCCUCUUUCGAAUUCCUCCCACUCAAAGCAGAAUCUAAUCUUGCCGAACCAGCAUUCCCUUCAAAUACCCUCUCCCUGGGCGGAUUUACCUCAGAGACCCCCCAAUUCUCAGUCAGACGGCUCAAAGCAACCACAGGACCAGAAACGUGAUCCCGCUACUCCUCCCGAGGGUGACCCAGUUACGUCUCGUCCAUCGGGUCCAGAGUCUCCUGCAAGUCCUGCAGAUGGAAAUUCAACAUCUCCGACUGCAGACGAGCGAAGUUCGUCCCUUUCCCCAGUUCCGGAGACCACUAUCCAGGCAGAACAAAACGUUGACACGGCCGACACAAAACCGCUUGAAGACAGAGUCCCUUCUUGUCUUUCUACCCCGUUGAGUGAACUUUCCCCUCCACCAGAUGAUAUGGACACCCCAGCGGCCGAUACAGCCGAACCCUCGGAGAAGAAGGAGUCGGGAGAAAGCAAAGGAGAUGACGAAAACGCGGCCAAGUCUCAGGCAGAAGUGAAUGGUGUAAACUCCCCAAACCUUGUCAAUUUCUCCUCCCAACAGCUCUCUUCCUUCGCCACCUCGGGUGCUGGCACAGAUGGGGGCAGCGAAGCACAUUUGCAUCACCCAUCCCUCAUGAAUCACCAUUCACCCAUGCCAGGCGCCAUACCUUCGGCACCGACUAAUUCCAGUGAGCAGAGAGUCGCAAUGAUGCUAGAACUAAAUUCAGAACUGAUAAAAGUAUCGAUGGAGUUUCAAGCACGUGGGAUCCAGUUUGCUGACUCAAGGUUUCAACAAUAUGCCGCUCGAAUCAAAAGUAACUUGGACUAUAUGGCUCGUUGGGCUGAUAACACCAUCAAUCCUGCCGCAUUACCACCUCUUCCUAUCAUAGACGCACCUCCACCUGUAGAAUUCACUUCGACAGAACGUGUCCAACAGCUCUACUCCGACCUAGCUACCGUCUUUGCGAAAGCCCUUGCUCAACGCAACCAGCUGUCGUCUGCUACGCCUCAGCCUAUGACCCCCAUAACCACCUUGAAACGUGAACGUUCUGAAGACAUUCCUUUGGACAUGAUGAACAAGCGCCGUGACACUGGGGAAAAUAAAAUGCUCAACUCCCCUUCCAUGAUGCCUCCUCCCUCGUUGCCUCAAUCACAACAACAGGAAAAUCAAUACCCCUCUACUUCUUCUACCCCUAUCCCCAAUGGAAUGACGCCUUUGUCGGCGCAGUCACAAUCAGCACAGAUGUCUGACCAAGUUGGUGCUGGUGGGCCAACGGCAAUGAGCCCACCAGGCAUGAUGAAUGCGAAUGAGGCUCAGAUGACUACUCAGAGGCAGGCGGCGAUGCGUCUACAACAGCAACGGCAGAAUUCUCAACAAGGCAUGUCAGGCAGCAGACAAAUGUCGCCACCGUCAUCUGGAUCGGGAGGCAUGAACCAACAAAUAUCUGGUGGUGGAAUGCAAAACCAGAUGAAUGGAACUACUCCUUCACAUCCACAAAUGGCGGGUGGGGGCGCAGGUUUGACGGCGCAGCAGGCGUACACGAUCCUGAACACACCUAAUCAUCCAUUCGUGGGUGUUUUAAUGAAGCAGGUACCUGGGUUUGCGACGCUGCCUAUUCAGGACCAGAUGCGGAAAAUCUCCCAGUUGGCAGCGAUCAAAAUACAAGAACAUCAACAUCAACAGCAACAAAAUGCCAUGAACAUGGGUCGUCCGACUGGAGCUAUGCCAAAUAUGUCACCACCCAUGAACAACGUGGGUAUGGGCGGCGUGAAUACUUCACCUGGUGGUAUGACUACUGGAAUGGGUAUGCCCGGAAAUCAAUUUUCCAACCCUCAACAAGUUCCUCCUGUCACGCACCAGGCGCAGAUGGCACAAAACCCGAUGAUGAUAGGGCAGGGUGGAAGUGGCAGUCCGAAUGGGAUGGAUCCUCAGAGGUCGAUGACUGGGACGCCACAACUUGGUGGCAUGUCGAAUUCACCUAUGCACCUGAAUCAAAUGACCCAACGGCAAUUGAUGUUGAUGCAGCAGCAGCAACAAAACCGGGGUGGAGGGAAUAUGGGAGGUGGUAGCAUAAAUCCAGCGAACAUGAUGAUGAAUCCCCAACAACAGAUGGCGUUCAUGCAGCAACAGCAGGAACGGAUGCGACAGCAGCAGAUUCAACAACCACCAGCAACUUCGCCCACUCAUAGUCGUGGUAGUGUUGGAUCACCGAUGUUAACCGGAAACGCAGGAGGGGAUAAUAACGGCUUCCCACCCGUUUUGAGGUCCGGCUCCGCGAUACCAGGGAUAGCAAGGAGUGCGAGGUCACCACCGGAUGGUGGGGUGCAGUCUCCAAUGACGCCCAGGAUGCCGAAUAGAGGUUCGAUGAAUCAGGAUGACUUCACUAGGAUGAUGAUGCAACAACAGCAAGGAGGCCAGCAGAGAGGAAUGCAACCUCAAAAUGGGUUCAAUCCUCAGCAGAUGCAGGCCUCGUCGAAUUGGCAGCAGCAGCAGCAAAUAGGGCUUACUCCCAGUUCGUACGGGAUGAAUAAUCGUCCUGGUAGUGCUGCUGGGUUCGUAGGUGGUGGGUCAUACGGUGGGGGUGUUGGCGGUGGUGGACAAGGAAGUAACAACGGUGUUGUAGGUGGCGGAUCACCGCCGGGAUUAUCUCAGACAUGGGGUACUCCUAACAACCCUAACGCUUCUUAUCCAUUCGCUACACCAUCACCAGGGCAUCAAUCUGACCUGGCGCCAACAAGACAUAUGUCAGCGACACCCGCGCCAGGCCAGCAGCCGAUGCAAGCUCCAAAUAUGAUCAGCCCAACCAGUGCGGACCCGUUCCUUUUUGCCAAUGACUUUUCUUUCCCGAACUGGACUCAAUAG